CGGUCUAGCGUGUUCGACUUUCCCUCAGCCCUACCCCAUGCGCCAUGCGCUUGCUCGGGCCGAGAUGCGAGUAAUUUGGGGCAACAGAGGCGACAUUGCUUUGCGUCUCGAGCACUCUUGCCUUCUCGCUGACCGUACACCCUUACGUGAAAGCUGCAUCUCAUUGCUCUAAGUUGAGCUAUGAGCUCGAGCGAGUCAGGUCUAUUGCCCGGUCCAUCGUAUGCGCCUCAACGGACGUGGAACCUUCCGCAGAAUGAUUGGGGCUUCGACGAGUUGCCGGUGAAUUGGUGAGCUUUGUCGCAACUGUUUGCAGCGUGUUGUAGGCCAUGCGCUCAUCUGUGAAUUAGGUCUGGCUUUGACGAGGUGUCGCUGCCGGAGGAUGAGCGGAAUAACGGUAACUCCAUCACACCUGACCUUGCCGACGCCGACUUUCUACACCGCGCGACACUCUAUGACAGGUGGGUUCCGGGGCCGGCGUCGGAGGAUCUUAUGGGCAAUGUCGGCUCGUCACUAGCGGAGAGGCAUGUCUCACCGGACAACAACGUACACAUAAUCCCCGAUCGUCCUCGCUCCCUCCAUUACCGCCCGUCCACCCCACGUGCACGAACCGAGAGUGUGCGCGCAUACCCUGACUCGACACAAUCCUCUGGCUAUAUACCGAGUGAAUCAGUCCACUCUAUCCCGGACGACGAAUAUUUUCCUCAGUCUGCUCUCCGCAGCACAGUCAGCAGAGAUCAGAUCAGCGACGACGACAUGCCGCUAAGCACUCGCCAGCGACGCCGCGGCAGCUUCGUCGACCUGACAAAUGAGGCUACUUCGCCUCCCACUCUCAAUCGACGCCGGACACAGCCUCGCAGCCUCAAGCGCGCCGCAGAAGAUGCGAUCGCAGAAAGCAGCGGCCCGGCCAAGCGCACACGCCCAGCUUCGGUGAUCGAAGAACUGGAUCUGACCAACGAAAACCCGUCGGCAGAGGACGAGCUUCUCGCUCACCAACAAGCCGCCACCGUCGCCGCUCAACAAGCGUCCGAAGCAUCUGGCGGCCCGCAGAAGAUUGGCAAAAGGCAGUGCAUCAUUUGCAUGGAGAACUAUACGAACAUGACCGCGACGCAUUGCGGGCAUGUGUACUGUCACGAGUGUCUGACACAAGCGCUAAAGGCUGGUGAGAGGGCGGGCGAGCGGAAGACCGGCACUUGUCCGGUUUGCAGGAAGAGUGUCAAGAGACCGAAGGAUGGAAAGCCAGGGCAGAUGAUAUCGAUCAAUUUCAUGAAGAAGAGUGCGUUUGAGGGCAAGGGAAGGCAAGGUAGGUGAGGGGGUGAGCCUGUCCGCCUGUCCGCUUGUUCUUCAUGUCGGCGGAGAACGGUACUAAGGACGUUCCAAAAAAUUCUCAUGGAUACGAUAACGGCUUUUUGGGUCACCAAAACAAUUAUCAGC